AAAAUGUCUGACCCUCCCAGCAGCCCUCUCCUGGCCGAGCCUCUUUCCGGCAGACACAAACUCUAUGAGUCAGAGUUCACCAACCCGAGCUGGCCCUCCAGCCCCCAGGAGACACACCUGGCCCUGCCCCUCCUGGAGAUGCCCGAAGAGAAGGAUCUCCGUUCAUCCAAUGAAGACAGCCAUAUUGUGAAAAUGGAAAAACCCAGCGAAAGGACUAAAAGGAGAGAAAGUGGGGCAGCGCAUCGGAGCUCUGCAGGCUUGGGGGGCAUCAGCCUCUUCCAAGCAGUGGGCUACCUCACAGGGGAGAUGAAAGAGUGCAGGGGCUGGCUGAAAGAUAAGCCCUUGGCCCUCCAGUUCUCGGACUGGGUCCUGAGGGGGGCUGCUCAGGUGAUGUUUGUCAACAACCCUCUCAGCGGACUCAUCAUCUUCAUUGGACUCCUGAUCCAGAAUCCCUGGUGGACGAUUACCGGGGGUCUAGGGACAGUGAUCUCAACCUUAACCGCCCUCGCCUUGAACCAGGACAGGUCUGCCAUCGCCUCCGGCCUCCAUGGAUACAACGGGAUGCUGGUGGGACUGCUCAUGGCCGUGUUCUCGGAGAAGUGGGACUAUUACUGGUGGCUUCUGUUUCCUGUGACCUUCACAGCCAUGACCUGCCCACUUCUUUCCAGUGCCUUGAAUUCCAUCUUCAGCAGGUGGGACCUCCCGGUCUUCACGCUGCCCUUCAACAUGGCCGUGACCCUGUACCUGGCGGCCACCGGCCACUACAACCUCUUCUUCCCCACGACACUGGUGGAGCCCAUGUCUUCGGUGCCCAACAUCACCUGGACAGAGAUGGAGAUGCCCUUGCUGCUACAAGCCAUCCCCGUCGGGGUCGGCCAGGUGUACGGCUGCGACAAUCCCUGGACAGGCGGCGUGUUCCUGGUGGCUCUUUUCAUCUCCUCGCCACUCAUCUGCCUGCAUGCCGCCAUUGGCUCCAUCGUGGGGAUGCUGGCGGCCCUGACGGUGGCCACGCCCUUUGAGACGAUCUACAUGGGCCUCUGGAGCUACAACUGUGUCCUCUCCUGUAUCGCCAUUGGGGGCAUGUUCUACGCCCUCACCUGGCAGACCCACCUGCUGGCCCUCGUCUGUGCCCUGUUCUCUGCAUACAUGGGAGCGGCCCUCUCCAACAUAAUGUCGGUGGUUGGUGUGCCACCAGGCACCUGGGCCUUCUGCCUUUCCACCCUCAUCUUCCUGCUCCUGACAACCAACAACCCUGCCAUCUAUAAGCUCCCGCUCAGCAAAGUCACCUACCCAGAGGCCAACCGCAUCUACUACCUAAAAGUGAAGAGCAGUGAAGAAGAGAAGUCCGCCAGCGGCUCAUCAGGGAAGGAGAGCCAUGACUCCUCAAGCCCCAAGGCCGAUGAGGCCUCGGAGGCCGUGCCCCCCAAGCCCAGGAGUGUGUUCCACAUCGAGUGGUCAUCUAUUCGGAGGAGGAGCAAAGUGUUUGGAAAAGGCGACCACCAGGAGAGACAAACCAAAGACCCUUCUCCCUAUCAGUACCGGAAGCCCGCGGUUGAGCUGCUGGAUCUGGACGCCAUGGAGGACAGCACUGAGAUAAAAGUGGAAGCGAACACUUCCAUGGCUUCCUGGAUUCAGAGUCACCUGACUGCCCAUGGGAAGAGGGUCAGCAGAGCCCUCAGUUACAUCACCGGGGAGAUGAAGGAGUGCGGCGAGGGGCUUAAAGACAAAUCCCCAGUGUUCCAGUUCCUUGACUGGGUCCUCCGGGGCACGUCGCAGGUGAUGUUUGUGAACAACCCCCUCAGCGGCAUCCUCAUUGUGCUGGGCCUCUUCGUCCAGAACCCCUGGUGGGCCAUCUCGGGCUGCUUGGGCACUUUUGUGUCCACUUUGACAGCCCUCAUCCUGAGCCAGGACAGGUCGGCCAUUGCAGCAGGACUCCACGGCUACAACGGGGUGCUGGUGGGGCUGCUGAUGGCCGUGUUCUCAGACAAAGGCAACUAUUACUGGUGGCUUCUGCUCCCCGUCAUCAUGAUGUCCAUGUCGUGCCCCAUCCUCUCCAGUGCCCUGGGGACCAUCUUCAGCAAGUGGGACCUCCCAGUCUUCACACUGCCCUUCAACAUCGCCGUGACCCUGUACCUGGCGGCCACCGGCCACUACAAUCUCUUCUUCCCCACGACGCUGCUGCAGCCUGCAUCCUCCGCACCCAACAUCACCUGGUCAGAGGUCCAAGUGCCCUUGCUUCUGAGAGCCAUCCCUGUAGGAAUCGGCCAGGUCUACGGCUGCGACAACCCCUGGACCGGAGGCAUUUUCCUCAUAGCUCUGUUCAUCUCGUCCCCUCUCAUUUGCUUGCACGCUGCGAUCGGCUCCACUGUGGGGAUGUUAGCAGCCCUCACUAUAGCGACGCCCUUGGACUCCAUCUACUUCGGCCUGUGCGGCUUCAACAGCACGCUGGCCUGCAUUGCCAUUGGAGGCAUGUUCUACGUCCUGACCUGGCAGACGCACGUCCUGGCCAUCGCCUGCGCCCUGUUUGCGGCCUACCUGGGCGCCGCGCUGGCUAACGUGCUCUCCGUGUUUGGACUGCCACCAUGCACCUGGCCCUUCUGCCUCUCGGCGCUCACCUUCUUGCUCCUGACAACCAACAACCCCGCCAUCUAUAAGCUUCCGCUCAGCAAAGUCACCUACCCAGAGGCCAACCGCAUCUACUACCUAUCCCAGGAGAAAAACAGAAGAGCAUCAACCAUAACAAAGUACCAGGCCUAUGAUGUCUCCUAGACUGCCUUUUUCAAAACAUGUCACCAUACAUUCAGCCUUCAGCAGGUUGUCUGGUUCCCCAGGCUGAAGACUAUGCAACCUCCCUUUCUGUCUGUUCUGUGAUUUUCCCCUUAAGCAAGCCUACACCCUAGUUUAUUCCUCCACAUAAGGACAUAUGUGUGUAGUCACCAUUUAGGGACCUCUCAUUUCUAAGAUGUACAACACUUAUCAAAUAUACAGUUAGUUUAGACUU